GCAUUUCCUUCUCUCUUCCUCCCACCAUCAUCCCAGGCUGGUCCUCGGUCACACAUUACUAUCCUACUCUCUUAAUUGCUAUCUUAUAUGCUCUCGCGCUUCCAUGGACUCGCUCUGGUGUCCUUUAUCGCUCUUGCUGGGGUAGCGCAAGCCGAUCCGAAUGACUGGGUUCAGAUCGAAUAUGUGCUUCAGCAGGCCCAUAAUCCGUCGUUCAAGACUUCAGAUUCGCGGCAGACCAUCAUGUCGCGAGCUCGGCAGUACUCGCAGAAAGGUCCCUGGAGCGUCACGAAUGCCAAGGGCGUGCUCCCUCCGUCGAAUGACCCGCACGACUACCUUUCUUGGGCUCCUUAUCACUGGCCGGACUGCAACUGGUGCUCAAACGGGCGAACCCAUCUGAGCCAUACUGGCAACGACACUAGCUCUAGCAACAGUACGGACACACCCGAACCAGGCGUGCCUCCACCUCCUGGCGGCGACAUCACUGGCCCUCCUGCCGAAGACGUCGACGGCAAUCAAAACUAUCUGGAAGAACGCCGCGAGCUCAAGUACCACAAGAAUCGCAUGAACCGUGUCCGCCAGGAUCUCGGCGUCUCUCUCGAUCUGCCUGCCUCCGAAUCUACGACGCUGCCAACCGGCGACCUGCUGCCUUCGUCUACGAUCUCGUCUGACGCGACACUGCCAACAACCACCGCCGACCCUGCUCUAGGUGGUGACCCUCAAGCGAUCUUUACUGCGACUUCCUCGCUGCCGACGACCACUAUGGAUCCUUUUGCGACCUCGGCUUCGACGUCUGAGGAGACUCCAACCGGAACAGCGUCUUUUUCGGACAUGCCUCAGGCUGCUGCUCAUACAUCUGCGAAGUCCAAAUGUACUCCGUCUCCGACGAAGAGCCUCGCCCCAAGCGCAACCUGGACGACCUGCCCUUACGUCGUCCGCGAUGGCAAGGUCAAUCCCGACGUCCGCACCCUCAACGGCGUCUCCGCCAUCAACGCCAUCUCCGAGACCUCCAUCUACCUCGGCAUCACCGCCAUCCUCCAGUCUGGAUCCGACUCCGCUUCCAAGCUCGUCUCCUUCGUCACUACCUUCUUCCUCGACCCGAAGACGCGCAUGAACCCGAACAUGAACUUUGGCCAGAUCGUUCGCGGACCCGGCCCCUCCGGCCGCGAGGGCACUUUCACCGGCGUGCUCGACCUUCGCGGGAUGGUGAAGAUUGUGAACGCCUGCAUGAUUCUUCGCGCCGCUAAUCAUCCUGCGUAUACGUCUGCGUUUGACAAGGCGUUCGUAGGAUGGGUCAAGGACUACACAAAUUGGCUGCAGACGAGCGAGAUCGGCCACAAGACCGCGACUCGGCCGAACAACCAUGCAUCGUUCUUUGUGUCGCAGCUGGCUUCGUUGUUGCUGUUCCAAGGGGAUACAGCGGGUUCGAAGAAGGUCUUGGAUGGGUUCUUCCACGGCGCAUUCAAAGACCAGAUCGCGAAGAGUGGAGAGCAGCCGUUCGAGAGCGUGCGCACGCGACCCUUCCACUACAGAGCCUUCAACCUCGAAGCCCUCAUCACCAACGCCAAACUCGGUGCCCAGCUCGGUGUCGACUACUACUCCUUCCCCUCCAAAUACGGCCGCACCAUCCAGGACGCGGUCAAUUUCGCGAUGAACGUGAAGCCCGGGAAGGAGGACGUGGAGGAACUCUUACCGCACGUCGCGGCGGUCGCGGCGGCGUACGGCGACCCGCGGGGCGUUUAUGCGCGCUGGAUCGCGGCGCAUGAUGGGCAGGGCGGGCUGCAGGCGGAGAAGGCGCCGUACUGGUUCUAUGACCAGGCGGGGGCGGUGGGGGUGCGGAAGGCGAGGAGGGAGGUGGCGGUGGGUAGGGGGGAGGAGUUGGCGGUUGGGGCGGGUGAUGGCAAUGUGGAGAAGAGCUUGAGGAAUGGGGAGGUGAAGAGGGACGGCACGAUGGAUGUGCCGUUUGAGUGUCCGCAGGUGUUCGCGCUGUUGCAGGAGACGGAGGUGGAGGUGGACGAUGGGUUGUACGUGACGUGUGAGACGCUGGAGCCGUACUACGAGCUGCCCGAAUUGCAGGUCCCGGAGUAAGGAGGCGGUGGAAAUCCUGGAGUAAGGGAUGGAAGCGGACGAAUAGAGCACACUGUAAUUACUAGUACCGCACGUACAAUGGACUCGCUAGAAUGGACAGAGCUGCGCUCGACUAUAUAUCUGCCAUCAUUUCCGGAGUGCAAGUGCCUGCAUGGAGGUAGUUUACUGCCUGAUUUCUCGCCACGAGGAUCCUGUCAGAUGAUAAUGCAGAUGGCUGAGAUGCAGAACACUCUAUACUCUCUC